AUGAACUGGAAAAGGUCUUUGACUAGGUUAGCUAAAAGCCAUGACCACCACGCUGCCUUGUCCUCUCCAUUGCAUAGAAAUGUAGUGACGUGGUCUGACUGUGCAGUAAGUGCAAACAGCAAUUAUUCAAGUGUCUUAGUCAUUCUGGCAAGAAGCGCCCAGGCUUCAGGUCUGAGGGAUAGCCAUGCCUUCUUCGUCCUCCUGGUCAGCUGCGGGUUCCACCCAGUAGUCUGUAUGUCCCAGGGAAGGGCGGCAGACAGACCUGGGGUGGAGGAAGAGCCUGGGGUAAUAGCUGUCUGCCAGCUCCAACUAGAACUAGGCGUCUUCUAG